AUCAUGCUCCCGGCUCAGGAGGCGGCCAAAAUCUACCACACCAACUACGUGCGCAAUGCUAGGGCGGUAGGUGUGCUGUGGACGGUUUUCACCAUCACCUUUGCCGUCAUCACCGUGGUGAUUUUCAUCCAGCCUUACUGGAUCGGAGACAGCGUUAACACGCCGCAGGCAGGAUACUUCGGCCUCUUCCACUAUUGCAUCGGGAACGCUCUCACCUCGGAGCUCACCUGUAAAGGGAGCCCGCUGGACUUUGGCUCCAUCCCGUCCGGCGCCUUUAAGACAGCCAUGUUCUUCGUGGGGAUCUCCAUGCUGCUAGUGGUGGCCAGCAUCGUCUGCUUCAGUCUCUUCUUUUUCUGCAACGCCGGCAGCGUGUAUAAGAUCUGCGCCUGGAUGCAGCUGGCCUCUAGUACGUGUAUGGUGAUUGGCUGCAUGAUCUAUCCCGACGGCUGGGACUCGGAGGAGGUGAAGCGCAUGUGUGGCCAGCGGACUGACAAGUACACACUGGGCAACUGCACGGUGCGCUGGGCCUACAUACUGGCCAUCAUCAGCAUCAUGGACUCACUCAUCCUCUCCUUCCUUGCCUUCAGCCUAGGCAGCCGGCAGGACAACCUGCUGCCCCAAGACUUCCAGGUGGAGGGAAAAGAUGACGCCUAG